AUGAGUGAUCCUAGAAAGAGAAAUACGCGACACCAACUUACGCCAGAUAACUUAUCUACAUCCAUUCUGGUUACUAAUAUACCUAGUGAUUGGAACCAAGACGUGGUUUCUUCAGUAGUGGCAGGGUCAGGUCCCAUUAUUGACAUCAGCAGUCGUAAAGACCCACGUACAGGCAAAGUAAACGGACUGGUUUAUGACUACCGGGAACCACAGGACUGCAGAAGGGCCUAUGACCUCUUGCAAAGGGUAGAGAAACUACCGUUUGAGUUGGAGAGAAUAAUACCAUCUAAUUAUAAGAAUAGGACAGAGAGCGUGAAGGAUAAGCCAGAGAUUCAGCUGGAUAGGGAGAAUUUUCCCUGGAAUGCACAAUUGUCAUUACCAUUUGAUAUGAUCUCAGAAGUACCUCUACCUAAGAAGGCACCAACAGCGACGGCCACUUCAAGUAAUACUACGAAGAAUAAUGAUAACAAUAUAGUAAAUAGCAUAGGAAGUAAUGGUGUGGUAGUAUUCCCCGAAAUACUCAUAAAAAGCUCUCAGAACCUGCCUAAGUUAGAGAAGGAGGCAUUAGAAAGCUCGGAUCCUAUAUCGGCCAACCUAAGUAAAAUACCACCUGCCCAGAUGAUCGAGGUAAUAUCCAACUUAAAGAUGUUGGCAAAUCAACAUAAUACUAAGAGGUCCCAAUUAGAGACAUUUUUGAAGUCUAAUAAUGAUAUUUUGAUGACCAUGUCACAGGCAAUGUUAGAGAUGGGCUUUAUCGACUACGAGGUGGUAACACAAGUCAUGAAAGAUGUAACUAAGGAAUCCAAGAGUGGGAAAUCUACCAAUAGUAACAGCAAUAGUAACAGUAACAGCAACAGCGCUACUCCUAUAAUGCCGCAAUUUAAUACAAUGGCUACACCACCUAUGGCUAUGGGUGGUAUGGUCCCACCAGUAAACAACAUGAACAUGGGUGGUAUGGUGCCGAUGCAAGGAUUUAUGCCAGCUGCUCCACAAUUCAACUACAGCCCUCCACCACCAGUACCCGCACCAAUGCAAGUUCCAAUGUCAGGACCGGUAUCUACCCCAACUCAGGCCCCACCAGUUCCUAUGCCAGCACCAGUACAAAUGAAUGAACCAGAAAUUAACGUCAUCAAGCUACAACAACUACCAGAAAACCAAAGAGAGAUGGUCAAGCAAGUGCUGAAACUAACUGAUAGCCAGAUCGCAGCACUUCCGGAGCAACAGCGUGCUAUGGUCACAAAUCUACGUAAAGAGUAUUUGUACUGA